AAAGCGCUUCUUGCGAGAGCAGGUCGCUGGGUCGUCCGCACUGUGGCGUAGGGAGGUGGUGUGGCUUCGGAGGGGAAGGACCUUCGUGCCUUGAUGUGUCCAGGGUGGAUAAUGGCAACUGGGCAAGGCCACCGGAGCGAGCUGGAGGCUGGGGAGGACGGACGUCACCGGGCCCCCUCCCCAGCUGGGCCAGCCUCCUCUGUCCCUGGGACCCGGCCCUGGAAAUGAGCUGGGGAGAGCUCCUGGCGGGGAACCCUGCAUGCUGGGAGUGUCAGACGGAGGAGGACGGUGCGCUCAGAGGGCUUGAGCUCUUUGGGUUCCGUGGAAGGCGGCAUGGGCUGAGCUGGAACUGACCUGCAUGACCAGCAAAGGAGGAGCAGGUGAGGGAGCACUGGGUCAGGAGCACCGUCUGAGGUCAGGCGGCCUGCACCUGCCCCCACCACUCACAAAAUGUGACCUUGGAUGAAUAAUGGAAAGCAUGCCUAGAAGCCGCCCGGCAUGCUCUGCCCGCCGCACGCCGAGGUGCCUGACCAUGAGCCUCAACUCCUCCCUCGGCCACAGGAAGGAGCUGAGUAACCGCACGCACGAGGACGGUGGCGCCGGGGACGGUGCCAUCGCCGACUUCGCCACCAUCGUCCUCAUCACCGUUUUCGUCUGCCUGGGCAACCUGCUCGUCGUGGUCACCUUGUACAAGAAGUCCUACCUGCUCACCCUCAGCAACAAGUUCGUCUUCAGCCUGACCCUGUCCAACUUCCUGCUGUCCGUGCUGGUGCUGCCCUUCGUGGCCACCAGCUCCGCCCGGAGGGAAUGGGUCUUCGGUGUGGUCUGGUGCAACUUCUCAGCCCUUCUGUACCUGCUCAUCAGCUCGGCCAGCAUGCUCACGCUUGGGGUCAUCGCCGUGGACCGCUACUAUGCUGUCCUGUACCCCAUGGCGUACCCCACGAAGAUCACGGGGAACCGGGCUGUGAUGGCUCUGGUCUACAUCUGGCUUCACUCCCUCGUCGGCUGCCUGCCACCUCUGUUUGGCUGGUCGUCCGUGGAGUUCGACGAGUUCAAGUGGAUGUGUGUGGCCGCGUGGCACCGGGAGCCUGGCUACACGGCCUUCUGGCAGAUCUGGUGCGCCCUGUUCCCCUUUCUGGUCAUGCUGGUGUGCUACGGCUUCAUCUUCCGGGUGGCCAGGGUCAAGGCGCGCAAGGUGCACUGUGGCACGGUGGUCCUGGCAGGGGAGGACGCCCGGAGGGGCGGGAGGAAGAACUCCAGCACGUCCAGCUCUUCGUCUGGCAGUAGGAGGCCUGCCUCGCAGGCCGUGGUCUACUCAGCCAACCAGUGCAAAGCCCUCCUCACCAUCCUGGUGGUCCUCGGGGCCUUCUCCGUCACCUGGGGCCCCUACAUGCUUGUCAUCACCUCCGAGGCCCUCUGGGGCAAGAACUCCGUCUCCCCGGCCCUGGAGACCUGGGCCACGUGGCUGUCCUUCACCAGCGCCAUCUGCCACCCCCUGAUCUACGGGCUCUGGAACAAGACGGUCCGCAAGGAGCUGCUGGGCAUGUGCUUUGGGGAUCGGUACUACCGGGAGCCGUUCGUGCAGCGACAGAGGACGUCCCGGCUCUUCAGCAUCUCCAACAGGAUCACAGACCUGGGCCUGUCUCCCCACCUCACAGCGCUCAUGGCGGGCGGACAGCCCCUCGGGAACAGCAGCAGCACGGGGGACACCGGCUUCAGCUGCUCCCAGGACUCAGGCACAGACGUGAUGCUGCUGGAGGACGGCACGUCCGAGGACAGCCCUCCCUCCCACUGCACCUGCCCCCCCAAGAGAAGGAGCUCCGUGACCUUUGAGGACGAAGUGGAACAAGUUAAAGACGCUGCCAGGAGCCCCGUUCUUCGUGUGGGAGCCGAGCUGCACCAGUCCCUGGACGGUUAUGCGGCCAGCUUGGCCAAAGUCAUAGAGGCCGAAGCCAAAGUCAAGCUGUUCGGGGAGGAGGCGUUGCCCGGGGUCCUGGCCACGGCCCGGACCGUCCCCGGGGCUGGCUUCGGGGGCCGCCGGGGCAGCAGGACGCCUGCGAGUCAGCGGCUGCAGCUGCAAAGCAUCGAGGAAGGGAACGUCUGAGCCGCAGGACGGACAUGAGGGCCUCAGGGUGGACGGUCCUGCAGGGGGGCGCCUGGGGAAGGACAUCUGGGGGCCGCCACCAGGAAAACACUAAGUACAGGGUCUCGUGAGGCCGCAUGCCGGCUCCGGGUGGGUCGUGGCGAUGGGACCAGAGGCCUCGGAGGCACAGAGGCCAGCGGCGGAGGUGUGGCCAUGACUUUUGGGGGCAUGUAGAAGGGGGACCAGGGACCCUGGCUUGGAAGGAAACCACCACAUGGGUUACCGCCUCUUUGGGACCCGGGAGUCUCGUGGGGCACUGUCCCCCAGGUCUCGGGAGGGCAGCCCAUUGCGGUGUGCUGUGGAGGACAGCAGGUGUCCGCAACAAAGCAGGAUGGUCCCCUGGGCC